UCGCGCAUCGGAAGAAUCCCACCUCGGCCACCGUAGCCGUUUCUGACGCCAUCGGGUGGUUGUUUCAGUGGCAAAUGAAACACUUGAGCAUGGCCAGUAAAGGACCCAAACAGAAAAUUUCCGGGAAAAAGGGUGGCUGUGAGCAAGAUGAAGAAGAGCCGCAGCUGCAGGCGGUUUUAGUCGCUGACAGCUUCAACCGGAAGUUUUUCCCUGUGACCAAAGACCAGCCGCGGGCGUUGUUGCCUCUUGGUAAUGUUGCAAUGAUCGACUACACUCUGGAGUUCCUCACUUCCACGGGAGUCCAGGAAACAUUCGUGUUUUGCUGUUGGAUGGCAGGACACAUUAAGGAACACUUGCUGAAGUCCAAAUGGUGUCGGUCGAACUCUACGAACACAGUCCACAUUAUCACAUCAGACCUGUACAGAUCCCUGGGAGAUGUGCUCAGGGAUGUUGACGCAAAGUCUCUUGUAUGCUCAGAUUUCUUGUUGGUCUAUGGAGAUGUCGUAUCCAAUAUUGACAUCAAUCAGGCUCUGCAGGAGCACAGGCAGCGUCGAAAGAUUGACAAGAACAUCUCCGUGAUGACGAUGCUCUUUAAGGAGUCUGCGCCAGGUCACAACUCUCGCUGUGAGGAAGAUGACGUGAUUGUUGCAAUGGACAGCAAGAGUCAACGAGUUCUACACUACCAAAAGACACAAGGCUUAAACAAGUUUCAUUUUCCCAUGAACAUUUUCCACAAUGGAAGUGAUGUGUUUGAAAUCAGACAUGACCUUCUUGACUGUCACAUCAGUAUCUGCUCACCACAGGUCGCUGAGCUCUUCACUGACAAUUUUGACUACCAGACGAGGAAUGACUUUGUCAAGGGGAUUUUGGUCAAUGAAGAGAUCCUGGGGAAUCAAAUACAUCUGCAUAUCACCAGAGAUGGUUAUGGUGCCCGAGUGUCCAACUUGCUCAUGUAUGAUUCAGUGUCGUCCGAUCUGGUGAGACGGUGGGUCUACCCGCUCACCCCCGAGGCUAAUUUCACUGACCAGAAAGGAUGGAGCUGCACUUACUCCCGCCACAAUGUCUACCGUGGGUCAGGGGUCACCCUUGGCCUUGGCAGCGAGAUGGAGGAGAACGUACUCAUUGGCUCUGACACCAGCAUUGGCGCCAAUUGUUUUAUCUCCAACAGCGUUAUCGGUCACAACUGCACCAUAGGUGACAAUGUAACUUUGGACCACACCUACAUCUGGAACAAUGUUCAAAUUGGCUGUAAUGUGGUGAUUAGGCAUUCUGUGGUCUGUGACAACGUUGAAAUCAAAGAAGAUGUCACGCUUAAUAAACAGUGUGUCCUGGCGUACAAUGUGGUGAUUGGACCACACAUCUCUGUGCCAGAGGGCACUGUGGUGUCCAUGCAUUAUCCAUCAGAACAGGAGGAUGAUGAUGAAUUCCUCAGCGAUGGUGCCACUUUUGGGCAGAACAAGGAUAAAAUCAAACAGAAAGCUUUUAACCCCGCUGAGGUUGGAGCAGAGGGACAAGGGUACAUCUGGAAAGCCAGCAGUCUGGAUGACACAGAUGAUGAAGAGUUGUCGCAAUGUCUCUGGGGUUUGACGUUAAACUCCAAUAUCGAGAGCGAGAGUGAGGACAGCGAGCCUGAGGCUCCUGAUGAGCCAGUGAUUCCUUCCCCUGAAAUCGAUGAUGCUAAAGUGUUCCAGAAGGAGGUGCAGGGCACCCUGCAAAGAGGCAUGGACGAGAAUAUCAGCUGCGACAACCUCGUGCUUGAGAUCAACUCUCUCAAGUAUGCCUACAACAUCACUUUACAGGAAGUGAUGCACAUUCUCACCGCAGUACUGUUGGAUCUCCCGUUUCAACGUCACAGCUCUCAGCUCACGGCAUCCCAAUACGUCGCUGUCCUUCUGCCGUUAUUGGAGAAAUGGGCACCAGUGUUUAAGAAUUACAUGAAGAGAUCGCAGGACCAACUGGACUGUCUGUCUGCAUUCGAGGAGCACUUCCUGGAGCAGGACAGUAAAUGGGCUGCCAUGUGCAAGAUUCUCAUGACCAUGUACCAACUGGAGAUCUUGGAGGAGGAGAUGAUUCUGCGCUGGUUUUCUAAUGGGGUCAUCUCUGAGAAGAGCAGACAACUCCGGAAGAACCAAGGGCUUCAGAAGUUCGUCCAGUGGCUGAGGGAGGCUGAGGAAUCGUCAGAGGAGGACGGUGAAUAAACAGCCAUUUGGAUCGGUCAAAGUAGAAAAGAACUUGACAAUGGAAUGGAACCGAAGGUUCCAUUGUUGUUAACUAU